AGAAUCGCGGGGCAUCUGAGAGAGAGAGAGGGAUCGGACAGUGGAGAUGCUGGCGGUAUUCGAUCGGUCGGUGGCGAAGAGCCCGGAGGGGCUGCGGAGCCCGGCGGCGGCGGCGGAGGGUGGCGGGGGAGGGGUGCGCCUUCUACUGGAGCAGUUCGCGGCGGCGCACGAGGGAGCGGUGACCAUACACCUCGGUUCCUCUGCCGGCGCCAUGGCCUUCUCCGACGGGAAGCAGAACCCAUUCCUCCCGAGAUUGUUUGCUGUCACAAAUGACAUAUUUUGCUUGUUCCAAGGACAUAUUGAAAACAUUACUCUUUUGAAGCAACAGUAUGGACUGGGAAAGACUGCCAAUGAAGCAAUUAUUGUAAUAGAAGCAUACAGAACAUUAAGAGACAGAGGGCCUUUCCCUGCAAGCCAGGUUGUGAGAGAUCUGAAUGGGAAAUUUGCAUUCGUUCUGUUUGAUAUCUCAUCAAAAUCUACCUUCAUAGCUGCUGAUGCUGAUGGGAGUGUUCCUUUCUUCUGGGGAACUGAUUCUGAAGAUCAUCUUGUACUUUCUGAUGAUGUGGAGGUUGUCAAGAAAGGCUGCGGGAAAUCAUAUGCACCAUUUCCUAAAGGUUGCUUCUUUACGACUUCAGGGGGAUUGCAGAGCUUUGAGCAUCCUAUGAAUGAGGUGAAGGCAAUGCCAAGGGUUGACAGUGAAGGUCAAAUCUGUGGGGCUACUUACAAGGUUGAUGUUGAAGCUAAGAAGGAGACUGGAAUGCCCAGGGUUGGCAGUUCUGCAAAUUGGUCUUCUCAAUAUUAAUGGUGUGAACAUCAUUCAGGAGGGCCUUCUCUCUUGUUUUUUAGCCCUUGUUAUAUUGAUCCAUGUUUUUAGACAUUCAUCUCCUAUCUCAACUCGCUGACCCUGCAUCCUUUACAAAUUGCUUGUGGUUUACUCAGAGAAGACUUCUUAUUGCUUGAAAACUGUCAUGGUGGACUACUGGAUCCUUUUGAGCUUAUGUAGAGAUCAUGUGGGAAAUAAAAUUGCAUCAUUACCACCGUAA